UGAGUAAGAAUACUCGUAUUUGUUUUAUGGACAUUUGUAUGCAAACAUAAAUUAUAUUAGUUUUUUUUAGUGUGGAAUCUUCAAAGACAUUGAGUAUCAUAAAUGUAAUAAUUUAUCAGAAAAAUGGCUGCCUUUGAUGUUGUGCUCGGCUGCGUGAUGGCCCUUCUAAUCAUACUAUUUUCCAUUAGUUCUAUUGCUAGGUAUUACAUAAAGUUUACAUUAUUUGCAGUGCUAUCGCUAAUAUUUGCAACAGCACCCCUUCCGCUCAUGCUGUUUAGACCUUUUGACCCCAAGAAUGCUUUAAUACCAGCAGCACUUUUGAGGUUUUCUGCUCGACUUCUGGGUAUUCGAUGGACUGUACGAGGAGUCGAGAAUGUAGACGACUCCAGAGGUGCGGUGGUGUUACUAAAUCAUCAGAGUUCCUUGGACUUAUACAUAUUAGCGGUGCUAUGGCCCUUGAUGGCUCGAUGCACCGUGGUUUCGAAGCGCUCACUGCAGUUCGUGGUACCAUUUGGCACCGCGGCUUGGCUCUGGGGCACGGUUUUCAUCGAUCGAGGCUCUGCUCAUUCGGCGCGGUCCGUCUUAAACCAACAGACAGAAGCAGUUCGUGACCAUAAGCGGAAACUAUUGUUAUUCCCUGAAGGCACGAGACACUCGGGAGAUAAGCUGCUGCCCUUUAGAAAGGGCGCGUUCCACGUCGCUAUGGAUGCCGGAGCUCCUAUUCAACCAGUGGUCGUUUCGAAAUAUCACCACGUAGACGCUAAAAGGCAUAGGUUUGGAUCAGGCCAUAUUAUUAUAACGAUAUUGCCCUUAAUCGAAACGGAGGGUGUGAAAAAGGAAGACAUCUCAUCUCUAAUAGAGACGGCGCAAAGCAAGAUGCAAGAAGAGUUCACCCGUACAUCGGCGGAGACUCUUUCAAUGUUACAUGUAAAAAACAGUUAGAGGUAGUAUAAAUUAACUUAAACGGGGCUGUGAUAAUUUCAAAUGUUUGUGGUAAAC